AUGUCCUGCCACCCCCUCCGCCCCCUGCUCCUGCUCCUGUUCCUGACGCCCUCCGCUUCCCCGCUCCUCCCCGACGCCCCGCCGACGGCAGGAGCCCCCCAACCCCGCUACCUGCUCCGCCCUGUGCGGGAGGAGGUGUGGGGGCGGCGGGGGGGCUCCGCGACCCUCCCGUGCAUGCUGGGGGUGGCGCCCCCGGGGGGAUUCGCCGUGCGCUGGAGCCGCGUGGACCCGGCCCGGGCGUCCGAGACCCUGGUCCUGGUGCUGGCCAGCCGCGGCUCCGGCCCCUCCCACCUGGCCACCCGGCCCUACGGAGCCCUGGGCGCCCGCGCCCGCCUGCGCCGGGGGCACCGGCUCGACAUGUCGCUGGUCCUCGGGCCGCUGGAGCUGGGCGACCCGGGACGCUUCCGCUGCCAACUCGUCCUGGGCUUGGAGGACGAGAGCGUCGGGCUCAGUCUGGAGCUGGAGGGGGUGGUGUUCCCUUACCAGCCCCGCGGAGGCCGCUACCAGCUGACCCUGGCCCAGGCGGAGCAGGCCUGUGAGGGCCAAGAUGGGCGCUUGGCUUCGGCCGACCAGCUCUAUCGGGCGUGGACUGAGGGCCUGCACUGGUGCGGGGCGGGCUGGCUGCGGGACGGCUCCGUGCGGUACCCGGUCCUGGAGACCCGCGCGGCCUGCGGGGGUCCCGGGCUGCCCCCCGGGAUCCGAGUCUACGGGCCCCGCGACCCUCGACGUGACCGUUUCGACGCUUUCUGCUUCACCUCAUCGCUAACUGGCCGGGUGACGUUCAUCCCGGGCCGGCUGACCCUGGCGGAGGCGGGGCGGGCGUGCGGGGCGCGGGGGGCGUCGCUGGCCCUGGUGGGUCAGCUGUACGCGGCCUGGCGCUUCGCCGGCCUGGAUCGGUGCGACGGGGGCUGGCUGGCCGACGGCAGCGUCCGCUUCCCCAUCACCGACCCCCGGCCCCGCUGCGGCGGAGAACAGGACCCGGGCGUCCGCAGCUUCGGCUUCCCCCGCCCGCACCUGCCCUCCUACGGCGCCUACUGCUACGCCGAGACCCCGUUCCCGACCCCUGACCUCUGACCUCUGAGCCCUGGACCCCCACCCUGGAGACCCCGCCACCCUCCGUCCCACCCCCACCAGAAGCCGGAGGCCCAGGCGGCCACGUCUACGCCACCCCAGCCU